AUGCAUGAGCAUGAAUGCGCUGUUAAGAGAGACAAGAAUGAACCAUUUCCCUUCUCCCUGAGAUUUACAGUACCCGGUAACUAUUAAAGUCCCAGAGAAAGGGCUAAACCUCGCAAUUCUAGCAAUUCCACGUGGACAUUUUAAGUACGCAGCCUGCAACAGGACAAAACAGAUAAAAUUGCCAGAGCGGGGAGGGGCCACCCAGGGACUCACGUGCAACUUCUGCUCCCAUUCAUGUUUUAGGAUGUCUGACUGUUUUUUGUCUCUUUGCCCUGAAGGAGUUAAACACAGAGAGUUGUGCCGGCUAGAGGAGCAUGCAAACUUGUGACCUAUGCUGAGGCACCUUCCUGAUCCACCACCUUCCUUCUUCCCUCCAGGGGUUUUUGCCUCUUGGAUGGAGCCAUUGGGGGCUGCAGAUCUCUUCCCAGAGGUUGCAACAAUGCCAAAGGUGCAAGGAGUGGGUGAGUUAACCCCCCCAGAGGCGUUGGACAGAAAGAAGGAGAAAAAACAAUUAAGAGGGAGAUACCAGAGAAAUCAGGAGCCGUGGGGGAAAGCUGCAGAGGGCGAUGUUCCCAGAUUUGCCUUUUACCGUUGCCAGCAUGCCUUCUGCCAGGGGCUCGGUAUGCAGGAGUCAGCUUGCAACUGCAUUUAUCUCCCUUGCUGCAGAAAGCUGAUUCUUGAAUGGCAGGGUGCUGUUAAAGGCACAGGAGCAGGCCAAGCUGGUUUCCCACAGGUCAGUUGGCAGCCAGGGUUGCCAACUUAUCCAGAGGGGAACCAAGUCAGGCCUGCUCCUCUGCCUUUGACAGCAAUGUAGCGUGGCAGAAAUCAAAACAGCAUGGAGGCGCAGGCGAGCGUCAUUGCCUGCCAUUUAAAAGCACAGGAGCGGAGGUGCCUGGAAAGUUGGCAACCUUAAACGUAGCAGUAACUGCACAUUGUGAUAGCAUGUUUUGAGCGCACAAAGUGCUUCACGCACACGUUACCUCGACGAUCCUUGCAGCUUGGAAGAUGGCUGUUUCACACACACCCAUUUUGGGUGUAAGGUUCUCCACUGCAUUCCCACUUCACACAUGAAUGGGACAGGAUUGUGAGGAAACACCAGCGUCAGUUCUGGGGUUGCUGACUGUCUUGCGUUGGCAACUCUGCUGUGGUUAUUGCAUGGUAUUAAAAAGAAUCAUAGAGUAGGAAGGGACCUUGAGGAUCAUCUAGUCCAACCCCCUGCAAUGCAGGAAUGAAGAACCUUUACCACUGAGCCACGACCUCGGUAGAGCAUGAGACUCUCAAUCUCAGAGUCGUGGGUUUGAGCCCCAUGUUGGGUGAAAGAUCCCUGCAUUGCAUGACCCUCACAUGACCCUUGUGGUCCCUUCCAUCUCUACUUGUGAUUCCAUAACCCUUUCCACUAGACCAGGCAUGUCCAAAGUCCAUUUUGGGGACCUAAUCUGGCCCGCCGGUUGGUUUAAUCCGGCCCCCAUGGCAGUUUAUUUCCUGGAGUAAAAUCCUAAAAAAACCUCAGCAACUUCAAUCCUAAAAAAAGCUCAGUCCUUUAAAAAGUCAGCAACUUUGGUUGGCCCUCACGGCCCUUCACUUAAUCAAAUCUGGCCCUCUUUGAAAAAAAGUUUGGACACAACUGCCCUAGACUGUCAGAGUAAAGAAGUGAAUCUUUACGAGCGAGACAGCCUUACAGGUAUCAGGAGCCUAAAUGAGGCUUACUUCUGAACAGAACUUCAAUUUCUCUAUUUAUUAGUUAUAUCCCACAGCUUCCUGCUAAAGUGCCCAGGGUGGAAAACACGUCAGUACCAAAACAAUACAAUCAAAACUUCUUGAAAUGGUUAAAAAGCAGCCUUUAAAAAAAGUUAAGAACUGAAAGCAAUUGCCAAUAUUUUCAGCCAUCAAAUGACUGGGAAAGAGGAACUCUUUUCACCUAAAAGUUAAUAAUGAAGGAGAAUGGUGCACCUCAGUAGGAAGGACAUUCCACAAACGGGAAGCCACCGCCAAGAAGGCCCUGUCACCUGAGUCACCGCCAACCAGGCAGACCCCAGUGGUGGCACCUCCACCAAAGUCUCCCCUGCAGAUCGUAGGGAGAUGUGAAGGAUUGUGUGCGGUGGUUGUAACCUUCUUCCCUGGAAGAUUCAGGAUGGAGGAAAGCACUUUUUUCCUGCAGUGCUUAAUUAAACUAUGGCACUUGCUCCCACAGGAGGCAGUGAUGGGCACCCACCUAGAUGGCAUUAAAGGACGAUUAGAAAAUAAUCUUGAAUUAGCUAAAUUAAUGGAGAUAAUUAGAAGAGAGCCAACCCAAAGGUAUAAAAAUGAAUGGGGCAUUUAUAAAGAAUAUUUAAUUAAACAUCGUCCACAAGUGAAAACCUGGACAUGUUUUGACUAAACUCCCCAAGCUGCAAAUUAGACUAAGAAUACAUGAGAUCAAACAAAAGAAAGAAAUGGAGAUAAGGAAUACUGAAGCAGUGAUAAGAAGAAGAAAAAAAAGGAUGGAUCCACAAUGAGGAGGCUGGAAGUCAUAUGGAGAAAUUAAGAAUUUGUGAAUUAAGAAAAAAACUUAAACAAUAGAAGUGUCUUUUAGGAAUUUAAGGAUUUGUAUAUAUUGAUUUAUUUGGAAAUUUGUUGUUUCUUUUGUGUUUUAUUUGGAAUGUAUAAUUUUUGCCGUGUGGAAAAAUCAAUAAAAAAAAGAGGAUUAGGCAAAUUCCCUGAGAAGAGGGCUCUCGAUGGCUACUGAAUCCCAGUUGCUGGAAACUGCAGAAUGGCAGAAGGCUCUUCGGCUCAAAUUCUGCUUGCAGGUUUUCCACAGACAUCUGGUUGGCCAGUGUGGGAACAGGAUGCUGGACUAGAUGGGCCACUGGCCGGAUCCAGCCAACUCUUCUUAUGUUCUUAAUGCUUUGUCCUUGAUCAAGAACUGAAUUUCCUUUUCAGCCCAGGAACUCCAGCCAGAAAUAAAAAUGGAGCAGCAGGACCCAACAGAACCGGGAUCCUGGGAGAAGCUGGAGGCAGGCGAAAGGGAGCCUCAGGUUGUCCAAGUUGGGACCAUCAAGGAAUUCCUGACCGGCGAAGGCCCAGCACAAGUGAAGCAGGAGCCAGACGAAGGUUUGCAGCAGCGUUGGGAAAACCAGCAGCAGGAGUUCCUGAAGACGGUGGAAUCCCCUUGCUCAGGAUGGAAGCACCUCAGGUUACCUGAGCCCAUCUCUGAGGCAGACACGAAGGAGUUCCAGGCCUCCUUCAAGGAAAUAACUGGGGCCAGCCAGUGGCCGAAAGCAGACUGGGCAACUGCAACCGUGCUGGGCCUCCGGGGAGCUCAGAAACCGAGCAGAGGGCUGGAUUCUUCAGGGAAAGGGAAGGACGAGACAGCGAGCAAAGACGCUGCCAACUCAGAGACGCAACGCCAAUGCUUCCGGCGCUUCUGCUAUGAGGAGGCUGAGGGGCCCCGGGAUGUUUGCAAGCAGCUGUGGAAGCUUUGCCACCAAUGGCUGAAGCCAGAGAAACGCUCUAAGGACCAGAUCCUGGAAGUGCUGAUUCUGGAGCAGUUCCUGAGCAUCUUGCCUCUGGAAAUGCAGAGCUGGGUCGGCGAACAAGGCCCGGAGACCUGCAGCGAGGCAGUCGUCCUGGCAGAAGAUUUCCUCCUGAAGUCGGAAGGGUGGGAAGGGAAGGUGAGUGUCUUAGCGUUUGGGAAACCCUGAGAGAACCCAGAAAAAAAUGGCAGGGAUGCCGUCUAUUGGCGUGAGGGGCAGAGAAAUGGAUGCAGCAAUUCUUCAAGCUCUGGGUUUUUAAAAAAUAAAAUAAUCUAGUUUGGCCCCAAGAUAGAUGGGAUGGUCACAUGUGUUUGCUUACGUCCAGUGUGAGGAACCUUCGGCCCUCCAGAUGUGGAUGAACUACAGCUGCCAUUGUCCCUGUACAUGUGCGAGAGAAUAUACAUAGAAGCCUGAAACAACCUUAAUAACAUUGCAAAAUCUGUCACUGUAAAUUAUCAUUCUUUUACUUUUCUGCACCACAAUGUCCUAUCAACAUCCUUGUCAUUAAGCCAUCUGCACCGAUACUGUUAACCUCAUUAUCAUUUGUUAUCGUCCACUUUUUUUUUCAGGAGUCAGGGUUGUCAAUAAGCUCAUUUGUCAGCAGCCCUAAUUCAGAACAGGACUCCUGGGCCCCCGGGAAGAUACAGCUCUCCAUGGAAGCCAAGCAGGAGGGUGAUGGAGAAUCCCAUUUCUUCGGUAAGAAUUCACAAGACUUUUAAUUGCUAGUUGUUAAAACACAAAUAAAAAUGCUGUGUCCUACAAUGGGGUUAGAACAAAACCAUCACAGAAUCAUAGAAUUGUAGGGUUGGAAGGGGCUCGAAGGGUCAUCUUUGAGAGGUGCUUUUUUGCAGUCAAUAAUAGUAAUAAAUAUAAUAAUAAUAAUAAUAAUAAUAAUAAUAAUACAACAUCUAUACCCCACCCAUCUGGCUGGGUUGCCCAAGCUGCACUUGGCAGCUUCCAAGACAUAAAAACGAAAUAAAACAUCAAACAUUAAUUGUAAAAAUCUGAUCCAAUAUAAAAGUCACAAUACCUUUAAAACAAGCAACUUAUAUCAAACAAACCAACAUUCAACAAUCCAUCAGAAUCUAAUAUAGUGGUACCUCUGAUUAUGAACGCUUCUGGGUUAUGCGUUGGGUUAUGAGCUCCGCUAACCCGGACGUAGUUCUCCUGGUUGCGCCCUUUGCCCUGGGAUGUGAGCGGAAAUCGUGCGCCAGAGGCGUGUGUGCAGCAGGAAGCACCAUUAGUGAAAGCGUGUCUCAGGUUAAGAAUGGUUUUGGGUUAUGAACGGACCUCCGGAAUGGAUUCAGUUCAUAACCGGAGGUACCGCUGUAGCAAACAGUAAAAUUAAACUUCAGCAAAUAAUAAUUAAACAGUUCAACCACAGGUCAAGCGGUGUAUAAAUUUUAUGAAAUAAAUAUGAAAUGAAUAAACAAAUAUGGUUGAAUCCCCUGCAAUGCAGGAAUCAUUUUAAACCUCUGUUUUAAAACCUCAAACAAAGGUGAGUCCACCCUCUUCCAUUGUUGAACAGCUCUUACUCUCAGAAAGUUCUUCCCGGUGUUUAGUCAGAAUCUCCUUUCCUGUGACUUGAAGCCAUUGGUUCUGGUCCUUCCCUCCAGAGCAGAAGGAAACAAGCCUCCUCCCUCUUCCAUAUGACAGCCCUUGAGAUAUCUGAAGAUGGCUAUCUUAUCUCCUCUCAGCCUCCUCUUCUCCAGUCUAAAAAUACCCAGCUUCUUUAACUGUCCCGUUUAAUGUUUGUUUCCAGACUCUUGAUCAUCUUGGUUGCCCUCCUCUGCACAAAAGAGGCUACAGUUCCGAGCACCCUUAACAAACUAUGUUCCCCAGGAUUCUUGGGGGGGGGGGUGCCUCUAAAAACUGAGGGACAGAAAGUAAUGGAACAGGGAUGGAGAAUUUCUACAAGCCUCUACAGUGGUACCUCUGGAUACGAAUGGGAUCCGUUCUGGAGUCCCGUUCGCAUCCUAAAGCGAACGCAACCCGCGUCUGUGUGUGCGCAGAUCACGAUUCACUGCUUCCACGCAAGGACGUGACAUCAUUUUGACCAUCUGUGCAUGUGCGAGUGGCGAAACCCGGAAGUAACGCGUUCCGUUACUUCCAGGUUACCGCGGAGCGCAACCCGAAAGCGCUCAACCUGAAGCAAAUUCAACCCGAGGUAUGACUGUACUUAUUGUGCCAUGAUUUUCCUCUCCCCCCCCCCCUUGAAGGUGAUGGGCAAGAACAGGAGAAUGAAGAGGAGACAUUCCAGCUGGAAAGACCUGAGCAGACAGACCUCUGUGGAAUAUCCCUGGAAAGAGCCAAAGGGGAUUUCUUCCAGGGGCUUGAUAUGGAGGUGAUGCCAGGAAGUCCCCCGGCACAGGGAGGUCCUUGGGAAAACCAUCCUGGGAAGGCAGCCAAACAGGCUUAUCAUUACGAUGAAGUGGGUGCCGGCUUAGAUGAAAGUCCCUUCCAGGUGGAGAUCGUCAAGUUGAAGAUAAAGAAAGAGCCGUCUGAGGACAGGAGCUUCAGCCAGGCCGUGCAAAUGGCCGAGAAGCCAUACAAAUGCUUGUAUUGCGGGAAGACUUCUAACUGCAAGGCCAACCUGGUCGUGCACGAGAGGACCCACACUGGAGAAAAGCCGUACACGUGCCUGGACUGCGGCAAGAGCUUCAACCGGAAGUCCACGCUGGUGAGGCACAAGAGAAUGCACACGGGAGAGAAGCCCUACGAGUGCGCACAGUGCGGGAGGCGCUUCAGCAUCCGGUGCAACCUCAUCAAUCACGAGAGAAUCCACACGGGCGAAAAGCCGUACAACUGCUCCGACUGCGGGCAGAGCUUCAGCCGGAGACUGCAGCUCGUCAUCCACCGGAGGACCCACACAGGCGAGACCCCCUAUAGGUGCGCCCAGUGUGGGAAGUGCUUUACUCGGCGCUCGUCCCUCCUGACACACGAGAGGAUCCACACGGGAGAGAAACCAAACACGUGCACGGAUUGCGGGAAAAGCUUCAUUCAGAAAGGGUACCUUCUGAUACACAGGAGAAUCCACACAGGAGAGAGACCCUAUCAAUGUUCGUCGUGUGAGCAGAGGUUUCUUAAUCGAAGUGAUCUGCGUAGACAUGAGAAAAUCCACGUGGGAGCCACUCCCCCUGGAUGUUAA